AUGAUAGUUCAAAAGUCAUACAAUUUGAUUUUAUCCAACACUUCAAUUGUUAUUAAAAAUCAUCAAGAGAAUGAAAUUAUAAAAGAGAAUGAUAGUUUAAAAGAUUUUGAUGGCUUAAAUUUAACUUUAAAGUAUCCGUCUGAUCGUGGAAAUUUUGAAGGUGAAAUAUGCACUUCAUUAAAAAAGAGUAUUUUGUUAUUUGGACCAUGCAAACCAUCAAUCAAGUUUCCUAAGAAUCAUGUUAACAGAUGUUUUUCUACUGAUUAUUACUAUAUAACAACUAAAACAGGUAUUCGAAUUCCACGGCUAUGGUUAUGCUAUUCUUUAAUUUUAGAUAAAGCAUAUUGUGAGUUUUGUUGGCUUUUUGCUAACCGAUAAUAUGAACAUUAUAAACAUGAAUGGAUUUCUGGCAUUGACAACUGGCAACAUUUAUCACAACAAAUUUCUAAGCAUGAAAAUUCUAUUCAACAUAUAAAUGCAACAGAAAUUCGUAGAUAUUGGGAAAAAAAUAAAACAUUAGAUACAGAUUUAGAAAAACAAAUAUCUGAAGAAGCAGAGUAUUGGAGAAAUGUUCUUCGUCGAGUUAUUCAUGUAAUUUUGACACUUACAUCAGGUAAUACUGCUCUCCGAGGAAACGAAGGAAAGAAAGGUAAUCCUCAAGAAAUUGAAGGUAACUUCAUGCGUACUAUUAGACUACUUGCAAAAUUUGAUCCUUUUGUUCAUAAUUUAUUAAAUGAUUCAAAAAAACAUAUAAAAUACUUAAGUUGGAAAAUUCAAGACGAGCUUAUAGAAAUUUUAGCAUCAGAUGUACGUAACAAUAUAUGUGAUGAAAUUAAAAAGUGUUCUUGGUUUUCAAUUAUAAUCGACUCGACCCAAGAUAUUACUAAAGUUGAUCAAGUGAGCAUAAUUAUUAGGUAUGUCUUUGUUGAAUAUAAAAAUCACAUAUUAGAUAUAAGGGAAUCAUUUUUAGGAUUUUUUGCAUUACAAAAUCAUGGUUCAUCUGAUUAUGCUGAACUUUUGUUGAAAAUACUAAAUAAGUUUGGUUUAGAUAUAAAAAAAUGCCGUGGUCAGGGUUAUGAUGGGGCUUCUGUAAUGAGUGGUGUCCAUUUUGGAGUACAAAAGCGAAUUAUUGAUAUUGUGCCAACGGCUAUUUAUGUUCAUUGUUGUGCGCAUAAUUUAAAUUUGGUAAUUUCUGAUGCUGCUAAAACCUCACAAAAGAUUGUUUCAUUUUUUAGUACAGUGCAAGAUGUAUUCAAUUUCUUUGGUUCUAGUGCACCAAGGUGGGUAUUAUUAGCGCUUGGUGAUGAACAAGGAUGUAAAGUUUCCAAGAAAACAUUAAAAAAAGUAUGCCCAACAAGAUGGGAAGCAAGACAUGAUGCAGUAUUUGUAUUACAAGAGAGGUUCAUAGAUGUUGUUAAAUGUUUAACUAAAAUAUCAUUAACUACCAAGAAACCAGAUGAAAAAAAUGCAAGUAUAUCUUUAAAAAAAAAAUUGGAAUCAAGUGAAUUUAUUUUAAUUUUAUGCUUAUGGGAAAAUAUUUUGAGAAUUUUAAAUGUUGCUUCAAAAUUAUUACAAGGAAUUAAUUUUUCCAUUGAAAAAACUUCUACACUUAUGGAUCAAUCAAUUUGUCAAAUCAAUCAAUUAAGGAAUAAUUAUGAUGAGAUAUUGAGUAAAUCAAAAGAAUUAUGUGCUAAAUGGAAUAUAUCAAUUCCAUUCCAUUCAGUUCGUAAAAGAUAUGUAAAUAAAAAGUUUGAUGAUUUUGAUGGCGACUCUCGGCUAGAUAUUAAUGAAGAAAAUUUUAAAAUAAAAGUAUUUUUACCUGUCUUUGAUACUAUACUGUUUCAAUUACAUAAUCGAUUUGAAGGAAUGUUCACUAUAGUUAGUAAUUUUAAAUUUCUAUCGCCAUUAACUAUUAUUGAACAAAAUGAAGAUUAUAUUAUAAAAUCAUCAUAUGAUUUUAUAAAGUUGUAUGCAAAUGAUAUUUCAUCUGAUCUUACAAGACAGUUAUUAUGUCUAAAGCUGCAUAUUACAAAAAGUGAUAAAACUGUUGUAUCAGGACUCAAGACCAUACAAAAUUUGGCUUUUUAUAUAAUUGACAUGGAUUUAUCAACAAGUUUUCCUGAUGUUCUAGCUGCUUGUCUUAUAUUUUUAACAAUUCCUGUUACGGUAGCAUCUGCAGAAAGAAGUUUCUCUAAGCUUAAACUUAUUAAAAAUUAUUUGCGUAAUUCUAUGAAGCAAGAGCGUCUCAGUGGCAUUUCUAUUCUGAACAUAGAAAAGGGAAGAACUUCUGAGAUAGACAUAGAGAAGAUCAUUGACAACUUUUCAAACGCAAAAGCAAGAAAAAAACAAUUUUUUUAAAAUUGUAACAAAUGUAUUGAAAUUAUAGUAUAGUAAUAUUUGAAUAAUGAUUAUAACAAUUAUAUUAUUUAUAUAAUUCAAUUUUUUUUUAAUUAAUUAAUAAGUAGUUGUACCUAUUAAUAUAAUAAUUUAUUUAUAUUUUAUAGGCUUAUAUAGUUUAAUUAAAAUUAUAUCUACAAGAAAAUUAUUAUGUCAUGUUCACAGUUGUUGUACAUAUGUACUUUAUCUAUAAUAUUAAUUAUAUUUUGUAACAUUUCAAAUUAAUAUACUAAAAAAUAUAUCAAAA